AUGGGCAACUCCUUUUGGAAAUUCACAACCGAUGAUGGCCAAACCAUCGCUGAAGCCACCAUACAAUCGAUGACUGCUUACGCCGAUCGCAAAGCUAGACUCGAGCUCUCUAAGAAGACAUCAGUCGAGAGCUGGAAAGCAAUCUGUGAGACAGAGGUGCAACGCCUUCUAUACUACCGCGGCAGGAAGCAAUUAUCAGCAUGCAGUACCGAUCUUGCUCAUGUUGGUGGACAGACGCAUCACUGUUCGACAAUACAUGUGUCAUUCUAUUUCUUUAGUCUUGUCACUAGACUUUCUACCAUUGAGUUCGUCAUCGUGCUUCAGAUACGUGAGACUGACCUCUCCUCGUUCGGCUGA